UCCCAUUGCCUCCGCUAUUCCCUGCCCUCCCCCUGUUCCCUCCUCCUCCUGGCGUCACCCUUGGACACGUGAAUAACAACUAAAGCUCUGUCUCGGGGCUUCACAAUUCCGAAUGAGCGGCAGCGUCUGUGUUGCUCCAGGGGAUGCGAUAAGCAGCCGGGAGUGGGAAAUACAGCCGGGAAUCCCUGCCUGCCUGCCUUUCCUCCUGCCCACCACGGGAACAUGAAGGCUGCCUGUCUCCAGAUGCUGCUGUGGGCCCUGUACCUGGUCGUGACCCUGGCUGGAGGGCAACCCAAAGCAUAUGUGACGUGUCCAGAAGAUUGCAGAAAUCCUUCAAAGAAAUUUAUACCAGAGAGGCUGAUCAGGAGGUUCUACGAGACUGACUCUAGAUGCAAACUAAAUGUCAUCAUAUUUGUUACUGUGCAGGAUAGGAAGAUUUGUGUAGAUUCAAAUGCAGGCUGGGUGAAGAAGUUCCAAGACAAACUGAGCAGGAAAAAUGCCACAGUGACGCUGCCACGUGAUGUCACCUCAGCAGAAGAGCUCGGCAGCAUUGAGAGACACGUUGGUCUUCCAGAACUGCCUCCAUCUCCAGCCACUGCUCCAGCUGGUUUCUUCCAAGGGACUGGAACAACACUCAGGGAGACAGAACAUGCUCCUGCUGCCCCCACAGAGGUGUCCAGCAAGCCCCCCCUGGGCAGGCAGGAGCUCCCCCAGCUCCCUGCAGGAUCCAUCCCAGUGACACAGGAGGAGGCUCUGCACCCUGGGGUCACUCCAGGAGCCAAGGGGGAGCCCUCAAAUUCUCCUGUUACAGCAGAUGUGGCCUCCAGGCAGCCCACCCCACGCCCCACUGGUCAGCACACAGCUUCUCCUAACUCCAAUUCAGACCUGAUGGCUGCUGCCACAGCAUCAAUCCAACCUGCACUGACUGCCAAUGGACCCCUGGACCCCACAGGAGCCAGAGCCAACACACCAGACACUGCUGCCAGCAGUUCGGGGUCAGAUCUCCCCUCCAUCUGGGACAGUAUGAGGACCACAACAGUCACAGAGACAGCACCACAAACUACUUCAGUGUCUACUCUGAGCUCCACCACUGCCACAGACAAAGCUGCUUCUGUCCAUGCCAACAGGCUUGUUGGUCCCUCUGCAGGGACAACAGCAUUUGAUCAUUCAUUGCCUGUAGGGAAGCAAGAGCCUUCAGACACAGGAGUUUUUACUCACCAGGCACUGUCAAGCCAAGCCAGGGUGCAGAUGAUCACAGUCAGGCCAAACAAUCUGCCCCUGCCCAGCUUCCUGUCAAAAUCUCAAAUGCACUUUGUCAUCCCAGUUUCUGUGGUAUGUGGACUGAUGGUUAGCAGUGUUGCCCUUGUGUGGUUGUAUCUGAAAUUUGGAGUCAAACCAGAAGAAACAUCCAGAGAAAUGGUGCAGGGCUUGCUCUACCAGCAGGCAGGACCUCAAGACAAUGCCUAUCCAAUGGAAGUAAUAUGAAUGCUUCAUACAUGGACAUUUCUGUUUGAGUGUUGCUCCAGAAAAGCUGUUCAUGCUGAACUGGUGACCAGUAGGAAGCAAGCCUGGGAAUAAAAAUCACAGAGAAAACUGGUUUUCUGAUAGAGCAGAAUGCCCAAUAAUACAUCUACUUCAUUGUUGACCAAUCACAGUGUUCUGGAAAUAAGGGAGACACUUCUUUUCUACUGGCACUGUUCUGUACAAAGGCUGUGGCUGUUCUCUUGCUGUUGCUGGCUCUUUGCCAGCUGAUGUGAUUUCCCAAGUCACUCUUGGGAAUUUUCUGUGGUUCAUCGUGGCCCAGGCAAGAAGCCACUCACCCACCCACACUGCUGGACUUGGGCUCAGCCACCUUGAGCAAUCUUAGCACCAAACCCACACAAUUUGCACUUAAACUCUCUGCUGCUUCUUUCUUUGCACUUCAGGUCUCUGCUCUGCCUGACCAAGACUGAGCUGGUGCCAGCUGGGUGCUGGCUCUCCCUGGGCUGAUGGAAUUUACUCUCAUCACUUUCUCUUGCUGGAGGCAUGAGGGACAGCCAGCUUUUCAGAAAUAUUUGACCAACACUGCAUCUGAUCAGGGGAAUGAAGGUCAGUGCUACAGAUUUUCUAUUCAGAGAAGCUGGCAAUCCACAGUCUGUCUCCUCCUUGAAAUCAAGCCCUUCCUUUUAGCAGCUCUGGGUAUUUCUUCUUGCAGAUGAAUUCUGAGAGCUGGUUCUUGGCAAAUCAAUGCAAUAAAUCCCUUCUGCCAGCUGAUGCACCUUGUGCCCAGCUGCAUCCAUCACCAGGGCAGGAAAAUGCUGAUGAAUCUUCACAAAUGGGAGAAAUCAAGAAGCCAGCCAAUAAUUUUGCUAUUCCUGUGUUAUUGGAACAUUUUUGCUCUUCUUUGCAAGCACAAAACCCAGGAAAUGUGGAGCUAAAGGCAAUUCUGGAUGUAGUCAUGAAAAAAUUACCACAGCAGACAUUCUUUUGAUCCCAUUUUCUCUCUAGAAAUAAGCACAUUUGCAGAUCCACCAAAAAAAAAAAAUAAAAAAAGGCACAAAAUGCCUGUUCAUGGUCCUAUACUGCAGCCACAUUUCAGUUUUUCCAUUUUGGAUAGCACUGAUCACCAGGCUAUGAAAGCACUGUUACAGAACCAGGUUUUUUAAACCCCAAAUUGAUUUUAACACAUCCUGACAGUGCUGUACAUAAGUCCUAUGUUUUAUCUGUGGUCAAGUCUUGAAAGCCCUUAUUAAACUUUGACUCCAGGAUAAUUCUGCUGGAGCGUGCAAAGGCCUUCAUGACGUGAUGCUUUGUAAGUAGAUACGUAUCAAGGGUCAGAUCCCAACCAGCCUCAGGGGAUCAGAUCCCUAACUACAAAUAUGCAUGCAGAAAGUAAAAGCAAGAUCAGCAAGAAAAAAGCAAGAAAAUGAUAAGCAAGAUGAUCAAAAAUGAUGGGCCAGCUGUAAAGCAGAGCUUGAGGAAUGAGGCCUGUUACAUCUGUCAGAUUACACCUUCAGGACAUCCCUCCAGCCCUGCAGGGGGAGAGGACACACCACAGCUGUGCUUGCUCUCUGCCAUCACACAUCCCUCACUUCUGCAUUUUGAGGGAUUCCUCUCCUUUGCAAGCACAGGAUGCAAUCAGAUCUAUUACAAUGAUUAAUUUGGAGUGAAACCCUUCCUUGUGCAGCAGCUCAGCUGUGGAAAUCGGGUUGGGGUUGAUUUUCCUGGAGGGUAAAUCUGGCCCUGCCAGUGCCACCUCCCCCUGCACCCACCUGUGCACAGCUGGAACGCGUGAAGUGAUGUACUGUGGCAUUAUUUUUAUAUGAAACACUAGAAAUGUUAUUUUUGUAAAAAAGGUUUUAUAGCUUUUUGAAUGUAUGUAAUGUCCUGUCUGAGCUGCUUGGAGUCGAGACCUUUGUGGCAGCCCUGGGAAACACUGUGCCUUGUCUGUUCUGUUGCUGGUCUGAGAUGGUUUGUGCAAGUCCCUGGGGGCUGGAUCAGUGCCCAGGCCCUCCAGCAAGCAGAGUGGACACUUGUGUGCUGCAGGGGAAGGGCUGGGGGAUGGAUGUGCACCAGGAGACCACUUGGAGUCCCCAGUCCUUGGCAGGACCCUGCUCCCAGCUCCACCACCAGCUCCCAGCUGCUGUGAUCCCUCUGGAACUCAUCAGGAGGAGAUGCUCCUCAUGGCUGGCCCUGUCCUUGUGCACUCCCUGCCCCUCUCCUGUCCCUUGGCUGCCUGCAGGCAGGGUGCUGGCACCCUCACAGGGGACAGGGGGACACUGCUGGCACCCUCACAGGGGACAGGGGGACACUGCUGCUCCUCUCUGCAGUCUGGGAGGGAGGGAGGAUGGAGCCUGUGGAUGUCACCCAUUUCUGGGGGUUAAAUACCACUUGCUGUGGAGCACAGUGACUGUUACAAGCUGCAGUUUGUUUGUAUAUUGUGUGCAUGAGAUAUGAGCUGUACAUUUUUAUAGAAAUAAAAGUAAUAAAAGUCCUUAUGUUAAAAACUUUCGCCCUCAGGGGAUUGAGCCUUGGGCUGGGUUUCCAAGCCUGGUCCCUGCAGAGAUGAACACCUGUGACUGAGCACUGUGGAAAGCAUUCCUGCAUCAGCAAGAGAUGGCACAGCUGGCACAGCUGGAUGUGGCCAGGCUAUUGCUCCAUCUGCUUUAGGGUUUGAUCUUGCAGAUGUUUGCAGGAAAUAUAUUUCCUCACAGGGAUUUGUGUCUCCCAUCUUACAAAGGCAAUAAAGAAAACUGGACUUUGGCAUUGUUUAAGCAAAGCUAAGGUCCAACAGUAGCUCAGAGACAGCAAACAUUGUUCUGUAAGGAGGCAAGAGGGCAAGGGCUGAGACAGGAGCUCUCCCACCCCAGCCAGGGCUUGGGCUGCCCUUGUGUGCUGCUCUGGUGCUGGAGAGCUGGGAAGAGCAGCUCAAUGAAAGAGUCAGUUCUCAGAGUUUGCCUGGAGUGGGGAGCUGGCAGGAGCAAGAGGGAUGAGUACCUUCUCUACAUUUCAGGAACUCUCAUCCCAACCAUCUCUCAGCCCCAUGCCCUUCCAGGUAGACACAGAAGUCAAUGAAAGUUUCCUGCCGCUGAGUCACCAGGCCAGGAAGGUCAUUUGGGGAUAAUGGAACUCUAAAGAAACGAAAGCACUUUUGUUUUUUUAAUUUCAUUUCUCCUCUCCUGUGGAGAGAGCAAGAGGAAGGAAGGGGGCGAUGCAAUCCAGGCAAGCCUGACGGGAUGAAUCAUUUCCAGUCAUUUCCCCCAGGCAGAG